AUGGGCAGCAAGCGAAAGCGCGGAGGCAAGGACGCCUCCAAUGUCACCCCAAACUCACAGAAAAAGGCAAAGAAUGCCGCCUCGGUCCCCGUUCCAGUCGCCGCAACCGCAACCGCAGCACCAACCACAACCGCAAAGCCAACCCUGGACAAGACUCCCUUUGUCGAAUCUCCAACACUCGAAGACCGGAAACGCGAGGGCCUCCUAUACGAGCUUCUCGGCAGCGAGGACGAAAAUGACAGAAUAGAGGCUGCCGAUUGCAUCAUCUCCGGGCUCCUCGGCGGCGAGGGCGUUGCCGAACCAGUCCUGCAGAGGCAUCUCGACCGACGGCUCUUCCGAGGACUCUCCAGCGGCCGCAAUGCUUCGCGCAUCGGCUUCAGUCUGGUCAUUACUGAGAUUCUCAGCCAGCUGUUUGGAGAUAAGGCGCUGAGCCUGGAAGACAAGUACAGCGGACUGACCUUUGACAAGGUGCUGGGUUUCCUGUUGGAAAAGGCCAAGAUUGUGGGCAACAUCCCCGGCCAGGAAGAGCGAGACAUCUUCUUGGGCCAACUGUUCGGCAUUGAGUGCUUUGUUAAGAGUCGCACUCUUUUCUCGGACCCCUCGAGAUGGAACACUAUACUGGAGGAGCUGUUGAAGUUGAGCAACAAGAAGGUCUGGCUCAAGUCGCAAUGCGGAUGGGUUCUCGUCCAGGCAUUGCAGCAGAUGGACAAGGCGCAGACCAAGGCCACACUUGAGAGGCUUUCAAAUGCCGGUGUGGCCAAGACUGCCGAAGGAGUUGCUGUCUGGUUGGUUGCGCUUAGCCGGUUCCCCGAUCUUCAAGUCAAGCCCUGGCAGCAUCCUCUCGCGAGAAAGACUCUCGGCGAGCUGGCUGCCAUCUUGAAGGAAAGCUUCAAUGAGACGAGCAAGGACUCUUCCAGCAAUUCAAGGAACAACCAGCAGGCAACCUGGACGGCCCAAUUGCAUUUCGUUUGGGACCUUAUCCUCAACCACUAUCUCAAGAACGGAGAAUCAGAGGUCGAAGAGUUUGCUCACUUCUGGGGCCGAGUUGUCGACGAUGGUUUGUUCUCCAAGCAGGCCACUGACGGCCAGAAGUUCAAGGGCUUCAUCGUCUUCCAAAAGUUUCUCGAAGGCUGCAUCGAGCACCACACGUUAUUACAGAUCCUGUUCAGCAAGAACCUUAUGACGUCUCUCAUGAACCAAGCUGCAAAGGAGGACCGCUACCUGCAUCGAGCCGCCAUCAAGGCACUCAAGGCCAUUGAGGGCGCUGUCUCUGCUCACCCCACUGCCCUGGUUCCCGUCCUCGAAAGCCUCUUGAGCAGGAAUGGCGUCUACAACUUUGAUCAGCGCACCAGCACAAAGACGAUUGACAAGCUGCUGCAGAAUUUCAACUCGGAGAAUGACAAGGCGACGUUGAAGAUUAUUAUGGCUCCUAUCGCGAGUCUUUCACAACAGGAAGUCAGCGAGGCUCAGACCAUACUCAGAGUACACAUUGACUACCUCUCCAAGGUUCUCGCUGCAUGUGCUUCGCUCAGCGCAAAGGAGUCUCAGUCCGACAAGUUGAAGGGCACCUCUCUGAGCGCGACACUGCAGCAGCUAUCGCGACUUGCCUACUCUCAGCCAGAGGAUAUACCCAAAGACGUCUUGACGGAGCAGAUCCAAGAGCUGGCCCGAUCUCGCUUGGAGUCUGCGCUGGCGAAACUGACCCGACAGACUGCUGACUUUGUCACAUUCUGUCAGGCAGUUGCCUCCAUCGACUCAAGUGCAGUGACCAUGUCCGAGGAGAUCAAAGAGGCUGUUCAAGGCGCACUGUCGAGAAUGCAGAAGCUGCUGAAGCAAAAGACAAAGACGGACAACGACAAGACCUUGACGCAAGGAUUGGCGAUGCUCCACGCCAUCUCCGUUUUCCAGCUAUACAACCAAGACCCAGAUGCCAUGGAAGUCCUUGACGAUCUGGCACAGUUCCACGACAGGCUUCAGGAGGGCAAGCUCGGCGACGACACUGGCAGCUCAGAAUUCCUGGUCGAGAUAUUGCUGUCCAUGGUGGCUCGCCCUUCGUCAUUGAUGCGGCAGGUUUCACAGCAGGUCUUUGAAGCUUUCACUUCUCAGAUCUCCGCUGGCGGCUUGGAACUGCUGACUGACCCCCUGUCGGCAAACGAGAGCGCCAAGGGUCAGAAGGAGCUCUUCGACACGGAAGAGGACGGCAUGGACGUUGACGAAGGCUCCUCAGAUGGCGAGGACGACGAUGAUGUAGAGGAGGUUUCCAAUCUCGAGGUUGACUCUGACGUCGAGUUUGUCGACCUCGAAGACGCCGAUGGAGAAGACGGCGAUGACGACGCAGAGGAUGAAGAUGAAGAAGACGAAGAAUCCGACGACGACGACGACGAAGAAGGUGACGACAAAGACAAGACCAAGAAACAAAAGCCAAUCCAAGUAGACCUCGACGACCUCAUGGGCCAAAUCCUCAAAAGCCACCGGCUCGACAAGGACGCCGAAGCGGAAUCCUCCGCCGACGAGGGCGACAUGUCCGACUCGCAAAUGUUCGCCCUCGAGGACAAGCUGGCCGAGGUCUUCAAGCAGCGCGCAAAGGCCCGCCCGGACAGCAAGAAGCAGAAAAAGGACGCCAGGCAGUCCGUCGUCAACUUCAAGCACCGUAUCCUCGACCUGCUCGACAUCUUUGUGCGCAACGAGGUCCUCAGCCCGCUCGGCUUCGGCCUGCUGAUUCCGCUGCUGCACCUCGUGCGGACGACGACGACCAAGACGCUCGCUAGCCGCGCGUGCGAGAUUAUCCUCAAUUACCAGCGCGGCAUGAAGAAGGCGAGGAGCGGCGCCAUCAAGGACAAGGAUGGCAGCAGCGCUACUACGGAGGCGACGGCGCUGCCGGCUUACGACGCGGACCAGCUGCUCUCCGUGCUCGUCGAGAUCCACGAGGAGGCAGGCAAGGACAAUGCGCACGCCUUUGCAAAGGCCGCCAGCGCCGCCAGCUUGAUCGUCGCGUCGGCCAUGUUCGCCUCGGACAAGGAGCUGGUCAAGAGGGUGGCGGCGGUGUACGCAAAGACGCAGUCGGACUGGGUCCUGGGCCAGGCCAAGCUGCAGAGCUCGUUCUUUGCGGACUGGAAUAAUUGGUGCCAGAACCACGCUUCUCAGGGGCGGUAA